UUGUGCCUGAAAGUAUCGUCUAGUAGCUGUGCUAACCACUAGCUAGGUCGAGCUAUGGCUGACUAUUCUCACGUAAAAUCAACCAAACUGGUUUUGAAAGGUCUUAACAAAGGGAAAAAGAGGAAGCAUAAAGAUAAGAAGAAAAAAGCAGGAGAUGGUGAAGAAAAAGCUGAUGUUAUUGGUGGUUGGUGGGCCAUCAGCAACUUUGGGGAAAUAUCUGGAACAAUUGCCAUCGAGAUGCAGAACAGCGCUUACAUCCAUGCUCUGGAUAGUGGCCUAUUCACACUCGGUGCACCACACAAAGAGGAUGAAGGACCCGACCCCACAGAACAGUUUACUGCCGUCAAGCUCUCAGACACAAGGAUAGCCUUGAAGUCUGGAUAUGGCAAGUACCUGGGUAUCAACUCUGAGGGUUUGGUCGUAGGCCGCUCUGACGCCAUUGGCUCCAGGGAACAAUGGGAAACAGUCUUCGAGAAUGGCAAAAUGGCUCUCAUGGCAGCAAAUAGUUGUUUCAUCUCCUACAGUGAGACUGGGGACAUCGAGGCCAAGACCAAGACGGCAGGGGAUGGCGAGAUGGUGAAGAUCAGAUCCAGUGCGGAACAAGAGAUCAAGCGUAAAGAUGACAUCAUAGAGGCAGACAGGGGCAACGUGAAGUCUUGUGAGGUCAAUUAUGUGAAGAAGUUUCAGAGUUUUCAAGAUCGGCGGCUCCGGGUCAAUGAGGGAGACUCAUCCACGCUGAAGAGAGCCAGAACAGACGGGAAGUUUCACGAAGAGUUGCUCGACAGGAGAAGCAAAAUGAAAGCAGACCGGUACUGCAAGUGAAGACUCAACUGUGUAGGUUACUGCCAUGUCUUUGUAAAUGUCUUGAUUUUAAAGAUUUGGCCAUUUGAUCUGAUUUCUGUUUUGUUUUUAAUAUUUUUAAUAAAAUGACAUGGUCAAAUCUGCUCUAUGGUCUCCGUGUAUUUUUAGCAGCCAGUUGAAUGAAUCUUAAUGGUGACAUUUAUAGUAUUCAGAUGACCCAUCGGCCUAUGUUAGUUAACCAUACAUUUACUUUGCUGUGUCUCAUGGAAGAGGUACACUAACCCUUUAAGUAAAAACAUUGAUACAACACUGUAAAAUAAGUACAGAAUUAUUAACAGCAAAACAAAGUACUCAAUCUGCCGACUAAUGCCGUGUGGUUGAUUCAUCAUAUAUGACAUUAGAUUGUUAAUACUGUAUACUUAAUAUACAGUUUGCUUGUGGUUCAUAACCUGGUGGUCAGGCUUCCUCCAAAGGGUCACAAGAUGCAUCUGAGGGGUUGUGGAAUGAUUACGUGUACGAAAGAUGAAAAAAGGUUAAAAAUGUGUAUUUUCUAAGACUUGUAAAAUAUGAGGUUAUUUGGGCAUAAAACGUUUUUUUGAAUCAAACCAUCUGAAAAGUUUAAAGGGGAUAUUAUUAUGUUACAACCCGACUCAAAGGCUGCCACAUAAAUGUGAGACCAGACAAGUGUAAAAAUAAUAAACACAUUUAUUUAAAGGAUAACAAUACAAAACAAACACGGAGUGUCUGUAAUCAGUAAUGUCAGCAUGUGUGGAAAUGUCUGAAACAAACUAAACUAUACAGCAGCCAAGGAAGAGACCGUCAAUGUUCAGGUGGAGAGACUUUAAAGCUGGAACCACAGCAGCCUCGGGUGUGGCUCAUUAGCUGACGAUCAACAUCCUGAAAGACAGAAAAGAGACGGCAAACAGGGCACAGACCCCCCCCCCCAGUGGAAGGGAGGGCUCGGAACAAUUAGAGGAACUAAACCAGUGAUUCUGUCAGGGGGUCUGCGAAAUAAUUUGAUAUGAAUCCUAAAACUGCUGUUUCAUUAAAAAGUGCAAACCUACAGAUGGGGACCAUUUGUGGAAAUAAAAUGAUUAUAUUGUGUCCAUUACUCCCACCGACUUAUGAAAUAGCAACU